AUGUGGUAUCAUAAAUCUUCUAAUUCCGGAAAUAAGAUAGCUAAAAGUCGAUUAGGAAAUUGUUAUUUGGCAGGACUAGGAACUUCCCAAGAUUUAUUUAAGGCAUAUUAUUAUUAUAAAUGUGGUGAAGGAUGGUGUGCGCAAUAUGGGGUUGCACUAUGCAAAAAUUGGGGACUCGGGACUGAAACUGACAUUCAUGCAGCUCUUUGGGGGUUUAAAAUGGCACAUAAAAGCGGGCUUGAACAAGCCUAUGACAAU